UGGUAAGUCACCACGGAGAGAUGCACUUGGGAGAAAGAGCCACAUCCCGCCAAGAUUGGAGAUCUCUGCUGCCCUAGACAGUGGUGGAAUCUUGGGGACCCCAUCUCCAUAGUUCCUGUGGGCUCUUCAGGGACUGCAAGACCUGAACAUAAGUGGGCGGUCAGGAGUCACCUGAGCUGGGACAGUGGUAAAGGCUGCAACAGACAGCGGUCAGGGACCACGGACAGCCCACCUGGUGGGAACAGCAGCUUCUGUGUCUUGCCUUCCUCGGGAGGGCUUGGCGGUGCCAUGGUGGUGCUACACAGCACCGACAAGGGGAACAACGGGGUAGGUGUGCCCCUGGAGCCCUUCCUGCACCAGGUGGGUGGCCACAUGAGUAUGCUGCAGUACGAUGCCCACACCGUGUGCAAGCCCCUCAUCUCCCAAGAACAGAAGUUCUAUGAGUCCCUGCCAAUGGCCAUGAGAUGCUUCACCCCUCAGUACAAAGGUACUGUCACAGUGUGCCUCCGGAGAGACAGCAGAGGCCAUCUUGGCCUGGUUGCCAACCCACUGAAGGAGAACUUGGAGCCUCUCCAGGUAUCCCCAGAUUCCAGAGCGGUGGCCAUCUGGCAGACACUUCAGCAGAGUGCCAGCAGUAAUAGCAGCCCCCGUCCCCUGGCCCAGCUGGCAUGCUCACUCAAGGAAAGCACAACCAAGGUGCUUCUGAGCUCCGACUGCCACCUCAGUGCCCAGGCGCCCCCCCUGGCGGAAAGUGCGGAUGGGAGCCAGGUGGAGAGAAGGGACUUUAACCCAUGGGGCCUGCACUGUCACCAAGCCCACCUGACCCGCCUGUGCUCUGAGUACCCAGAGGACAAACGGCACCGGUUCUUGCUCUUGGAAAACGUGGUGUCCCAAUACAAGCAACCCUGCAUCUUGGAUCUGAAGAUGGGCACCCGGCAGCAUGGGGACGACGCGUCCGAGGAGAAGAAGGUCCGCCACAUGAGGAAAUGUGCGCAGAGCACUUCCGCCUGCCUGGGCGUGCGCAUCUGUGGCAUGCAGGUUUAUCAAACCGAUAAGAAGAGCUUUCUCUGCAAAGAUAAGUACUAUGGAAGAAAGCUCUCCGAGAAAGGGUUCAGGCAAGCCCUUUCUCAGUUCCUCCAUGAUGGAACCCGUCUACGAACCGAGCUCCUGGAGCCCAUACUUCGCAGGCUGCAGGCACUGCUCGCGGUCAUCAGGAGCCAGAGUUCUUACCGCUUCUACUCCAGCUCCCUCCUCAUAAUCUAUGAUGGGCAGGAGCCUCCUCAGAACGCUCUGGAGACCACCCCAGGCACCACUUCCGGUGACCCUGCCAAAGUCGAUGUCCGAAUGAUUGACUUUGCUCACACGACGUACAAGGGUUCCUGGAACGGGCACACCACCCACGAGGGACCAGAUCCUGGAUAUAUUUUUGGCCUGGAAAACCUCAUCGGAAUUCUGCAGGACAUCCAAGAGGGAGACUGAAGGUUUGGGGAACUUUCUGGCCUAUAGAUUUUGCAAAGGGACGCAAGCUAGAGUAGCCUAGAUCCCCCUGUAGCUGUCUCUGUAAUAACCAUAUCUACCUUCAAAAGUCGUCUCUGCACAGGGGACGUUGACAGUUGCUACAGAAAUCUGCUCUGCAGGUAUCCACCCCCCCACCAGGCAUCUUCGGCAGUGAAGCCCUCUUGGAGCAGACAGUGAAAGUGGCGCCAUUGUCGAGUGCACAGGAGGGUGUAGCCUGGGUCAGAGGCCAGCGCUGCGGUGCUGCAGGGGGCCUGCCUUCCAGAGCUCUUUUCUGUUAUCAUGCUGCAGUCCUCAACAGCCAUGAGGGAGAGAGAGAAAAAAGUCUCCUGGAAGAACCUUGAGGAAUAUCCUGCUUGUGUGGAUCCAGAGACAUAGCCAAUGCCUCCCACCUCCUCUGGAGAGUGGGACAGGAGUAAGUGAACUCUUUUGUCCAUCUCACCUGCCUUGUACUCAGGCUCUAAACAGACAAGAGCGCUGGCUGGGGUGUGGUGGGGUAUAGCUCAGGAGGAGGGCUGUUCGUUGCAUGCUUGAGGACCUGGGUUCCGUGAGGCCCAGAGUCACAGAAUAAGAAUAAGAAUAAGAAUAAGAAUAAGAAUAAGAAUAAGAAUAAGAAUAAGAAUAAGAAUAAGAAUGAAUGAGUGGACAAGGAUAGGCCAGGCAGACCCUGAUACCCCUCGGCAUGUGGGGGGAGCUGUCCCCACAGACUUUGGGGGCGUGUUGGAAUUAGCAAGUCUGCCACACUGUGACCAGAUGACCCUGACCUGGAAAUGCAGCCUCCACUUGAGGAGGUGUGCACCAACGCAGGAGCCAAUAGCAUUCGACUGUAUUCUCCAUUUCUAUUUAUUUAUUUUGGGUGUGGGUAGGGGAGUUGGAAGCAGAGAACCUGGAAGACCGGGGAAAACGCAAUGCAAUGUUUACAAGAGUGGUGCAUGCUGCUAAAUAGGAAACCAGAGCAAACAGGUCUAAUGAAUUCCUUCUUCUGCAGCAUUGAAACUUAUUACAAUGCCCUGGAGCCCCGGGCUGUGCUGUGCUCCCCAAUUAGGCAAAUAAAUUUGUUAAUAAAAUUGCUGAGGUCAUCAGUGAUUACUGGUCCUCCUUAAUACCCUUUCUGUUUGUUUAUUCUGGUCAGCAAACUGUCCAGUGCUUCCAAUUUAUGAGAACCUGGAGCGUAUGGCAAGAACAGCUCACCA